ACAAGAUAAGGGGACUUUGUAAUCAGGUCCCAGCGACAGAUAAUGGGCCUCAAUUGAGAAGAGGGUGUAUUCACCAGGUCAGAUUGGGAGUGAUGUAGCUGGGUUUCGGGGUGAGAUGGGAAAUAAAGAUCUUAGAGACAUUAGAGGUGGCCCUGAUUGAAGAUAAUAGCAUUACGUGCUCGUCGACCGCUGUUUGCUGACAUCAGAGGCUUUUUAUGCAAAUCUCCAAAUGUCGUCCAACCACAAUAAUCGCUGGAAUCUUCUGUCGCUGAGAUCUUAACAAGUUUUCUUCUCCCGUUUUGCUGCGGCUCACUCAGCCUUGCCUUAUCACGUAACACGCAUGAUGCGGAGACGCGUGCCGAUCCUAACGCCGUCAGCAAUGACAUUUCCUCCCUUGCCAACCAACACGACAUAAUCUGAUUACCUGUUUUAGUCAUGCAGUUUUCUAUUCUAGCUGCUAUCGUCGCAGCGACGAUCGGAAAAUACUCCGAUGCCGUGCGCUCUGAGAUACCCGCUACACGAUCGUUCUUCUACGUUGGUGGACGGUACGACGAUGACGGUGACGGCGGCCAUGUUUUUCGGGACCAGACGUAUGUUGAGAAGCUCACCCCGGUAAAGGGAGCUCGGAAAGACACGCCUAUCGUUAUGAUUCACGGUAUGGCGCAGACAGGCACGAAUUUCCUGAACAAGCCCGACGGCGGAGUUGGUUGGGCCUCGAGGUUUAUUGAGCAGGGUUAUGAGGUGUACAUUGUUGAUCAGACGUUUCGGGGGAGAUCUGCUUGGAUGCCUGGACAAGGCGCUGCUAAGCCCAGCACUCUUUCGGCCGAGGCUGUUGAGGUUGCGUUUACUGAUUCGAAGACCCAUAUGCUCUGGCCUCAGGCUAUCAACCAUACCCAAUGGCCUGGCUCUGGGGUUCAGGGGGAUCCAGUGUUUGACGCAUUUUACAGCUCGAAUGUGGAGUUUGUUGAUAAUACGACCUAUCAACAGACUUCUGUUCAGGCAGCUGGUGCAGCCUUACUGGAUAAGAUUGGGAAACCGGCUGUUCUUCUGGGACAUAGCCAGGGAAGCUUUAUGCCCACUUUGAUCGCUGACAUAAGGCCGGAGCUUACGAAGAGUAUUGUUCUGUUGGAAGCUGCUGGACCGCCUUUCAAAGAUGAGAUUUUCAAGUUUGGUGGAGAGUUUCCUCGGCCAUGGGGUCUGUGGGAUGUUCCUAUCACGUACGAUCCUCCUGUUAUGGAUCCAAAAAAGGAACUUGUUCAAAAGGUUCAUGCCCAGAAGGAUAAUUUGUCUACGGAGUGUAUUCUCCAGGCUGACGAACCUACGCCCCGCAAGUUGGUUAACUUGAUGGACAUCCCUAUUCUUAUUGUCACUGGGGAGGCAUCGUAUCAUAUGCCUUAUGAGCAUUGCACAGCUGCGUAUUAUAGACAGGCGGGAUGUUCGAAGACGAACCAUAUUGAGUUGGGAACUAUUGGUAUUCGCGGGAAUGGGCACAUGCUUUUCAUGGAGAAGAACAGUGAUGAGAUACAUGCUGUUGUUGAGAAGUGGAUACGUAAAGGUUAGGUUUAUAAUAUCAUCACGAGCUUUCG